GUUAAUUCACUUUCCUGCUGUUUCUCUUGAAGGCUGGUGGGAUAGCUGGUAUGUGCGUUGACUUGAUACUGUUCCCUCUGGACACCAUCAAAACCCGACUGCAGAGUCCCCAAGGGUUUAAGAAGGCUGGUGGCUUUCGUGGCAUCUACGCUGGCGUUCCUUCCGCUGCUGUAGGAUCCUUUCCGAAUGCUGCUGCCUUUUUUGUCACCUAUGAAUAUGUGAAAUGUAUGCUGCACACCGCCUCCCCUCCAUACCUGACUCCAGUAACACACAUGGUGGCCGCCUCCUGUGGAGAAGUCGUUGCCUGUCUUAUCCGGGUUCCUUCUGAAGUUGUAAAGCAGAGGGCUCAAGUUUCCCCUUCUUCUGGUACCUUUAAAGUUCUUUCCAACACUUUGUAUCAAGAGGGUAUUCAAGGACUUUAUCGAGGUUAUAAAAGCACGGUAUUAAGAGAGAUUCCUUUUUCUCUGGUGCAAUUUCCCCUUUGGGAGUCCUUAAAGGAUCUCUGGUCGUGGAAGCAGGGUCACGUGGUUGAUUCUUGGCAGUCGGCAGCCUGUGGCGCUUUUGCAGGUGGAUUUGCAGCUGCAGUCACCACACCUCUCGAUGUAGCAAAGACAAGAAUUAUGCUGGCAAAGGCCGGUUCCAGCACUGCCAGCGGGAACAUACUGUCUGCUCUGCACGGUGUCUGGAGGUCUCAAGGGCUACCUGGAUUGUUUGCAGGAGUUGUCCCUCGCAUGACAGCCAUCAGUCUGGGGGGCUUCAUCUUUCUUGGGACAUACGACAAAACUCGCAGCUUGCUGCUCUGACUUGCCAUAGAGAGAGAGAGAGAUCCCCGUGGAUCACUGCAAAGCGCUGAAGACACGCCACUCUCGAGGAAACACGCCCUCCUCCUCCUCGGGUUGCUUUCUGCCCCCAAGUAGCUGCUUAGCAGCCAACACUUGUAUUUUCACGAUGAACAAAGGCCCUUAAAUAAUCCAAUUUCUCUCACUUAAAAUUUCCCAGUGUGGAAAGCCGUGAAGUCAGCGGGAGACUUGUGCCAAAAAAAUAACAGGUGGGGUUUAAGCAGCUAAAGCCACCAGCUGCAAUGAGCACGAUCAGACCUGAUGCAAGUAAAAUGUGUUGUAAACCCAAAGAACAUGAGCUGUGCAGCCAAGAUGGAAUAAAAGGAAUGUUCAUUAUUUAGUCAGA